GAGUCACGGUGUUGCUUAGCAGGGGAUAGUGGAGAAGGCACGGUGCGGGUUGUGUUACCGAGACUGCAUCUCGGAGCUGUAAAAGACGUCAGGCGUAUUGUGCAUAUCUGAUUUGAUCUUUUUGUUGUCAGCGUGAAGUUUGGAAAGCCUGGUGACGAGAGACAUAAUAUUGGAGAGAGAUGAUGAAUCGAAAAAACACACAGCACUCUACCAGCUUCAAAGAAAAAAAUUAUAUCUGUUCCAGGCAAAUGCAGGACAGUGUCCUCAACCCUUCAGCUUUUUAUGCUAAAGAGAAUUAAGAAAAAACAGCAACGCUUCUGGUUUUUGCCCAGAAGAAGGGCAAAAGGAUAUUGAGAAAAUUGGGAUGUCCAGGAUAUUACUAUGAAGAGUGCUGUGGACUGGGAUAACCUUUUGAGACAGAGCUACAGGACCUUACUUAGAACUGGACCGUGCAGAAUGGCUGGAGAAGAAGCAGUAAAGAAGGAAAAGGAGAUAUUUGAUGCUGGUGACUACUUUGGCAUAAUGCAAGUAGAAGAGGUGGAUGAGGAGGAAGAAGUUGAUGAAGAAAUGGAAGAACAAUUUAAAAAGAAACCAAAUCCUGGAAAUGGACCUUGUUUCAAAGUUAUUGUAACAAAUGAGAAUGGACUUCAAGCCUCCAAUCCUGAUAGCGUGUUCCUCAUCGACCACGCAUGGACCUACCGUGCAGAGCAUGCGCGGCACCAGCUGCGCCACGUGCCCGGCCUGCUGCACAGGAUGGCCAACCUCGUGGGCAUCCCCUUCCAUGGAGAGGUUCCGGACGAGGGCAGCAUCGAGCAGGUGCUGCAGGAAAUGUGGAAGUACAGCCAGACCUACCAGCUCUCUCAAGGUACUGCAGAAGAGAAGGUUCCUGUCUGGUACAUCAUGGAUGAAUUUGGAUCACGCAUUCAGCAUUCAGACCAGCCGAGUUUUGCAGCAGCACCUCUGUUUUAUAUGCCUCAGCAAAUUGCUUACACGGUUCUCUGGCCUUUGAGAGACCUUGAAACUGGUGAUGAAGUCACUCGUGAUUAUGCUUACGGGGAGACGGAUCGCCUGAUCAGGAAGUGUGUUUUGUUACCCUGGGUGCCUACUGAAAUGUUGGAUGUCAGCUGUUCUACUCCAGAGCCACCAGAUGAGUAUUACCAGGCAAUUUUAGCAGAAAACAAGGAAAAACUUCCUGUAGCGAUAAAUCCACCCGUUUAUGCCAAAGACAAAGUUUUCAAGGUUUUCACAGACAUUCAGCAAGUCCUCAACAGCCUGACACAUCCCCGUUUUGUAUUCACAGACAACGAGGGAGAAGCAGACAUCCUCUACAACUUCUCACACUUCAAAGAUUAUAGGAAGCUGAGUGAGGAGAGGCCUGAGGUAAUGGUGAAUCAGUUCCCAUGUGAGAACCUCCUGACUGUCAAAGACUGCCUGGCAUCCAUUGCUAGACGAGCUGGAGGACCAGAUGGGCCGAGGUGGCUGCCUCGGACUUUUAACCUCCAGACAGAAUUGCCUCAGUUCAUCAGCUGCUUCCAGCAACGUGACAGAAGAGGAGAAGAUAAUCACUGGAUAUGCAAACCAUGGAACCUGGCCAGAAGUCUGGAUACCCAUAUCACCAAUCACCUGAACAGCAUCAUCAGGCACAGGGAAAGUAGCCCAAAGGUGGUGUGCAAAUAUAUCGAGGAGCCGGUGCUGUUUGAGCGCGAGGACGUGGGGCUGGUGAAGUUCGACGUGCGCUACGUGGUGCUGCUGCGCUCCGUGCGGCCUCUGCGGCUCUACAGCUACGAUGUGUUCUGGCUGCGCUUUUCCAACAGGGCAUUUUCACUUGACGACUUGGAUGACUAUGAGAAGCACUUCACUGUCAUGAAUUAUGCUCCUGGUGUGACAUUGAAACAGGUGCACUGUGAAGACUUUAUUCCUCUGUUUGAAAAACAAUAUCCUGAAUAUCCUUGGACAACAGUACAAGCAAGUAUUUUUAAGGCAUUUGCUGAAUUGUUCCAAGUUGCUACAUCUAAGCCUGCCCCUCUUGGCAUCUGCGAUUAUCCAUCUUCAAGAGCAAUAUAUGCCAUUGACUUGAUGCUUAAAUGGGACACCAGCAGAGAUGGGAAAAGAGUUAUGCAGCCUCAGAUCUUGGAGGUGAACUUUAAUCCUGACUGUGACAGAGCCUGCAAAUACCACCCUACCUUUUUUAAUGAUGUCUUCAGCACCCUAUUUCUGGAUGACACAGACAACAGCCAUGUGACACGCAUUGUGUAACUACAGGAGAUUUGACUCCCAUCAAUUUCCUUGUCAGAUAUGCUUAACAGCAGGAUUUAUAUUUCAGUUCUAUGAGCUGCUGAUGCAACUGUUUUCCUGUACUGAUCACCAGGGGAAAAAAUGGUAUCAGAAAAAUAUGCCUAUAAUGUAUUGAUAAUCCCUUUGUCUGCAUUGUCCUUGUCUUGCUUUUGUUCUUUCUGUAAAACAUUGUUGCGUGUUGACAAAGUGUCUUGUUUAUUGAAUAUUGGAGACCUCAGAGUAGGACUUGUUUUUCAGGUAGCCUGACUGCUUGCUUGCUGGGAAACGUUGCACAAGUUCCUUGUGUCAACAUUAAAAAUAUAAUUUACUGAAUCA